AUGUCGAAGUCAGAAAUAUGCGACGAUAACGUAAAAGCAUUUUUGAAGCAGCAUUCUGUAGGACACAGGGCAAAGAAGUCGAAGGUUUUUACACGGGAAGAACUUGAAAGGUUUCUGGAUACUGCUCCUGACGAUGAAUUUUUGUUGUUAAAAGUUGUCUUUAUCAUGGGUGUUGCUGGGGGGUGCAGAAUUGGAGAGCUGGUGAGCAUGUCUGUUGAUGAUAUUGACGACAAGGGAAACGUACUAGUCGUCCAGAUUCCAGACACAAAAACAUACAAGCCACGGGUUUUUACUAUUGUUGAUGGUGCUAACCUCGUCCAUUCAAUUGACGUGUUUCGCAAGUACAAGGAUUUAAGGCCAGAAAAAAUUACUCAUAAGCGUUUGUUUUUGAAUUACCAAAAUCAAAAAUGUACCGUGCAGCCUCUGAUGUGGUGGAUUGGGGCUUACGGGGGCUAUGCCCCCGAUUGA